ACUAGUCCCCACUUGAGUAUAAAUUUGUCAAUCGUUAGUAGGGGAUUCCCAUUGUUUUCGCGCCAAUUAUUCCAAACUUACAAAAAAGAAUAAUUUUAUUUAAAGAAUUGCGCACGUUUUAACCCGUAAUUUGUAUAUGGAAUUAAAAUAUGAACACAGAAAUACUUUCCACGUGUGCCUCACUUGGUUACUUAGAAGAUGACAAAUAUUUUAAGGAAGUUGAUUGCUUGGACAGCAUCAAAUACUUGAUCAAAUAUCUCCACAACGAUGACAACAACCACAGCGUUCGUAUCCAACUUGGUGAAUCACAAAUCCUACAAAAUGAUCUGAUUCCAUUGUUGAUUCAUUACGCCAAUGAUGGUGACUUAUUUCAAACUGUGUUAAGAUUGGUCGUCAAUUUAACACAACCCACUUUGUUAUGUUUUGGAGGGAAAGUCCCCAAAGACACUUUAUUACAUCAUCACUUCCUGCAGAUAGUUGCGUAUAACCAAGGUUAUAAAGAGGCCUUUGGAAGUGGAGGAGAAAUCUGGAAAAUUCUUUCGCAAAAAGUUUACGACGUCCUUGAGACGGAGUGGGAAGAUAGAAGACCUGAGGUUGGUCUUCUUGUUGAGAGGAUUCUGAUCCUGAUCCGAAACCUUCUACAUAUACCUCCAACCAACGAAGACAGAGAUAAAACUUCAAACUUUUCAUCUCACGAUAAAAUUAUCAGGGAGAUGCACAUAGCAGAGAUCGAUUCUCUCAUCCUAUAUGUGUCAGGUUCCCCUACAGAGCAAGAAUGGUGUCUUCAUAUCAUCGAGAUUAUUUGCCUUCUUCUUAAGGAGCAGGUUGCUGAGACUCUCGGUAAAACUGGAAAGAUGAAAUCUGAGAGUGAGCGGCAGAAAGAAGGAGACGAACUUUUGAACUUGAGGAGAAUAGAAGAAACAAAGAAAAAAGCUGUGAGAGCGAAAAUGAAUCCUUGGCACUCAAGGUUUGGAGGUACCUUCGUGCACCGUGGCACAAAAUCAAUUUCCGAUGAGCGGGACCUUAUCGUGCAUAAGGCGGUGCGACAAUGCGACAAAGUUACGUUCGACGACGGAAAAGCAAAAUUGAAAAAAGCUCGAAACCGUCGAGCUCUGGUGCAAGACGAUGUGAAAUGCCGAUCUUCGCUAAACAUCCGAAAUACUUUGAAAGAGUUUUGUUCUCGCUUGCUUGACUCUUCAUACAACGUGCUCAUGAAAGCCGUGAAAGAUCGUUUAUCACGUGAAAAAGCUCAGGAUCACGAUGAGACGUAUUACUUCUGGGCCAUGAGCUUUUUCCUGCAGUUUAACAGACAUUGUACUUCCGUGUUGAUCUUAUCACGAGUCCUGAUGACUGUCCACACGAUGGAACAAGCGAACGACACUUCGUUGAAAGAAGCGUCGAAAGUUAUUUUAAAUAAUAUCUUCUAUGUGGUCGAAUACAGAGAAAUAUUUCUAACUUUGCUUCGAAAAUUUGACGAAAGGAAACAAACUCGUGGUUUCCUGAAAGAUGUCGUCAAAGCGACUCAUUUGUUUCUAAAAAUGUUUGAAAAUUAUUGCAAAGAUAACACAGUGGUUGUUGAGAAGAGAAUUCGAAGCAAGAAGAAAAAGAAAAAAGCAAAGAAACCGAUAGGAGAGAAUAAUUUAACAGAAGAAGAAAGAGCAUUAAAGUGGGGGGAAGUCCAAACGGAACUUAGAGAAUUUCUGCAGGAAACUUCCCCGGCAACUUCUGAAAUUCUCGCAGCGGACAUUUUUGAUCCCACAUCUGAUCAAACAGAAGAGGAGCAACAGCGCACCACGGUGGUGAAAAUACAGCGAUAUAUUCACGCUGGUCGGUGUAGCGAGGCAGUAAGCACGCUGCGAGUAGCAAGGGAACUAUGGCCAGAGAAGCAAAUAUUUGGUUCGGCCACAAUGACUUCAGAUGAAGAACUCACUUCAUUACAAGAAGUUUGCCUCGCGGAUCUUACAAGUGUAGCUGCUCCUCAGGAUAAUGAAGAGAGUGAAGAAGAGGAGAGUGAUGAGGAGGUUCUCCCUCCUCCCAGGAGCACGGAGGUGGAAUUCAACUACCAGGACUACUUGAAAAAGUUUGCGGAUUCUCGUAUCAUGGUCCAAUAUGUUCGUUUACUCAAGGAAUUUGAUCAAAACGACGAACACGUGAAUCACUGUUUGGUUAAAAUGCUCCACAGAGUAGGGUUUACACUCAAGAUGUACGGACUUCUGUUCCAUGUCUCUUUAUUCCGGGUGUUUCAGAAGGUUAACGCAUCAGUGAGCACCAAAUCCUCUAAAGAGCUCGUCACGUUUGCUCGUUGGCUGCUUUCAAAGUUCCACGAGGUGGCAGCAAGGAACCCAACACUUUUCAUGGAGAUGUUAUUCUGGAAACAAUCAGCCGCAGAGGUUUAUGAUGUCACAGAAGGAUAUGGCUCCUUCUCCUCAGUGCAGGGAAAAUCAGCGAAAGUUGUUUGGACCGACGAUGAGGUGGCUGAACUCACAGAGUUGUUUCAUAAAUACAAGGACCAAGAUAUUGAUACAGUAGAUGGAAUAUUAUCCGAUAUCAGCAAUGAUUCAAGAUCAAGACUCCAGGUUUGUAAACAACUCGUAAGACAAGGUCUUGCUCAAAGUAUGGCUGAACUCAAGAAAGCUAAGGGAACAAAGUCAGUUGCAUGGAGGGAGGACGAUGUGAAUGAACUUAAGAUAUUGGUGGAGGAAUUUAAAAGCUCUAGUGACCCAAUUGGAAACAUUUUACAGAUGAUGAGUAACAAGAAACCACGUGCAACUGUCAUCAAUAAAGUUCUUGCUCUUGGUUUAGUCAAUGACAGAAAAGAGCUUCAUAAGAAAAGGAAAACGACACCAAGAAACAACAAACAAGCUGAACCAAUGCAUAUUGGUGGUCGGAGCGAUUCCGAAGAUGAACCUUCAGCGUUAUCCAGUGAUGACGACAGUGAAGUUGACGAGACAGUUUCAGCUGAGCGAUGUAGCAGUCUGAUCCGAGACUAUUGUAACCAUGGUGAUGAAGAUUGUGUUGCUUGGAUACAAACAAGUUUGAAAAGUGCUCUCGAAGAUAGAGGUGGUUUAAAUAAUGAUGAGACAGCUGAACCAGUUCCACUUGUGCCCGUCACUGAAGAACAAGAAUCUGCACUUGACGAUCGUCACUUUAAAAAGUUGCUCAAAUUGUUAGGACUCCAACCACCAGAUAACGAACAAGAACGCUAUUGGAGGAUCCCUGGUUCCAUGUCUCCAAUCAAAAUCGAAGAUUCAAUUUUAAAGUUGAAACCAACAACCAAUAAGAGGCAACGAAUGCCUUCAACAUCAUCGGAGAGUGAAGGGGAAAUUCAGCCAAGUGAAAAGAAGCAACGGAGGCUGGUUAUUGAUGACGAUGAAUAACAUUGUGUUGGUUGAUGGUCUUGUAUAUCCUCUAACUAGUUGUCAAGAGAAGAUAACACUUUAUUAGAAGAAGGAAAAAAAGAGAACUUUUUUUUACAAAACAGUAGGAGAUAAUGUAUUUUCUUUUUAUUUUGAAAGGAUUUAUUCCUAGAAAAAGGAAGAAGAGAGAACUGAUUUUUUCUCAAAACAAUAGAACAAAUUAUUCUUUCUUUUGUUUUGGAAAAAAAGAAGAGAGAACUUUAUAUUCUUUUUGAAAAAAGAAGGCAGAAGAAACCCUUUUCUCAACUGUUCUCUUCUAUAUUCUGUUCUUCCAUUUCAACAGCAAGACUCUCACAACCAAUGCAAUUAAACUGAAUGGAAA